CGCCUCUUGUUGUUCAGACUUCACACUCGAGUGGUCAUUUUUUUACCAGUGCUCCGCUCAUAUCUCUGUAAAAAUCAGUUUUUAAUCACCGAUUAAUCAAACGAGUCUUGAACCAGACGCCGGCAUCAUCGUGGAGAAGAAAACGCCGGAUAAAUCUCGUCGGUUGGGAGUUUUGUGUGCCGUCCAUCAUGAACCCUGAAUAUGACUACCUGUUUAAACUUCUGCUGAUUGGAGACUCGGGUGUUGGAAAGUCCUGCCUUCUGCUGCGUUUUGCAGACGACACUUACACAGAGAGCUACAUCAGCACCAUCGGAGUGGACUUCAAAAUCAGGACCAUAGAACUAGACGGAAAGACCAUCAAACUACAGAUCUGGGACACAGCCGGCCAGGAGCGUUUCCGCACCAUCACGUCCAGCUACUACAGAGGAGCCCACGGGAUCAUUGUUGUUUAUGAUGUCACAGAUCAAGAGUCCUUUAAUAACAUCAAACAGUGGCUACAGGAGAUCGAUCGCUACGCUAGUGAAAAUGUCAACAAACUCCUGGUGGGGAACAAGUGUGACCUGACCACGAAGAAAGUUGUGGAAUACACGACGGCAAAGGAGUUCGCAGACCCUUUAGGCAUCCCGUUCCUGGAGACGAGUGCGAAAAGCUCCACUAAUGUAGAACAGGCCUUCAUGACCAUGGCGGCUGAGAUCAAGAAGAGAAUGGGCCCCGGGGCCACUGCGGGAGGACAGGAGAAAUCCAACGUCAAGAUUCAGAGCACGCCGGUCAAGUCAUCCUCCGGAGGAUGCUGCUGAAUCCCCAAAGCCCUAAACAAACAAAUAACAAAAUUUAGCCCACAGUAACGUUACCUACUAUACGCCACAGCUGAAUUUGUGUGUGUGUGUGUGUGUGUGUGUGUGUGUGUGUGUGUGUGUGUGUGUGUGUGUGUGUGUGUGUGUGUGUGUGUGUGUGUGUGUGUGUGUGUGUGUGUCUGACAAGAGCGUCCCCAGAGUUUGUGAGAAUAAAGACUGAGAAUGUGUAAUGAAUGGUAUUGAGACGUAAGAAAGUGUAAAAUUAAAUAUUGCUUGAUUUUGUCUCAUGCAUGCACAUAGCUGCAUGACCAAACAAACAUGUUUCCAACAGUUUGAUACUAAAUUUAGUGACCGGUCCACAACAUACAGGUUUAAACAUCUCAAAUCCUGUAAGUCCAAUUAAAUAAACAUCCAAAAGCACUUCUGAAAAAAAAAAAUCGUUUUUAGAGGAAUGCAACUAGAUUUCGCUUUGAACUUCCUCAUCUGAACUUUGAACGAAGCAGUUGACUGUGAUGUCAUAAUUGACCCCUGAAACAUCGGUUCCAUUACUAUGACUCCUGGUGAGCUCUCGUUCAACCGCUGUUGUCACUCUGGAUGGACCCUUCGCCUGUUUGCACAUUUUAGUUUUUUAUUCAUUCUGUUUUUUCUUUUAUCUCUGCUCAACAGCAUUUCAAUAUAUUGGUCCACUGAAUGGGGUCACUUCAAAUGAGCUUUAUUAGUCAGUUGUCAGUAAAAUGCAUUGCCACUUUUCUGACGUGUACUUGUUGAACACCAUGAUCCUAAUGGCAUUAUUUUGUGUGCUCAUUGAUUUUAUUUUGGUAAUAAUCUUAAAAAUGAACCAAUACUUGCCAGCAGGCCACAUAUAGUUAUUGAAAUGGUAAAUCUAACUGUUCUUAAUAUUACAAAUUGUUUAACUACAGAACUGGUUUUGAUAUAUUUCCACCCACAACAUUAAGUCAAUCCUGUAAACUGGAGUCAGAAGCAACAUUGCAGUCAAAAUGAAUCUGAAUCACCAUUUGUUUACAGACACUCGGACAGCAAUGCAGGAACUAUAUCAUAUGUAUGUAUUAUAAAUAUAUCUGUACAAAUAUAUCUGUAAUCACUUCAGUGCGGAUCCCAUUGAGCAACAAAUGACAGAAAAAUGGGAUGUGACAUCACAAUGAGUAGUUCAUGAAACAUGUCAUUUGUAUUUCUCUUCAAGGGGGGAAUUUGCCUUUGGUUUUAUGUCACACAAUGUUUAAAUAAAUUACGAAGAAAAUGUUUAAUAAAAAUUAUUUUAUCUGGAACGUUUUGUAAUAUUUUAAAGGUGUGAGGGUCUUAAGACCAAGGUUGCUUGAUAAAGUGGCAUGAACGGUAUAAACCUGGAAAAAGCUCCUAGAUCACAUCUGAUUUUCCUCAACUCAUGUUGUCUAGAGAUUUUUUUGUCUUCUGAAUAUUCUUGGAAAGAUGUUGUUGUCCAUGUUUUGUCCGUGGAACGAUUAAAAAACACGUUAAACUGAAGUACAA